GUUUAAAUGUUUCUCGAAUAUGCGGUUCCGGUGUUUACAUCCAAUGAAGCUGCAUUGAAGUCCACUCGAACACUUUUCCCAUACCGAAAUUGAAGAACUAUACACAUAGCAUUCAUUUGAUAAGACAAGCGCAAAGUACAUAUCUCCACUAAACUAGUUGUUCUGGAACAUGGUGCUGGCAAGGAAAUGGAUGUAUGUGAAGCGACCGGAUGGCGAACCCAAACCGACGGAUUUCUCCAUCGAGCAAGAAGAGCUACCUGCACUGGAACCUGGAGAUUUUCUGGUUCAAACGUUGUACUUUAGCCUCGAUGCCGGUUUACGAGGGUACAUGGAGAUUGGCAUACUGCCGGUCGGCAGUCCCGUGAUCGGGAUGGCCAUCGCGAAGGUGAUCGAAUCAAAGAAUGAAUUAUUUCCGCGCGAUGCACAUGUGUGCGCCCGAUUAGGUUGGUGUACGCAUGCCAUCCUCAAUCCGACCAAGCGCAAAGACCAAAGACCAUAUCUUGUGCCCGAGGUGGAGGGAUAUUCUCACGCGAUCGGACUCGGUGCGCUCGGUCUAUCCGGUAAUACGGCGUAUUUCGGGUUUCUGGAAAUAUGUAAGCCGAAACAGGGUGAAACGGUAGUAGUAAGUGCGGCUGCCGGUGCGGUCGGACAUUUGGUUGGUCAAAUUGCCAAAACAAUGGGCUGCUACGUAGUGGGUGUUGCAGGAUCGGAAGAAAAAAUGCGCGUCCUUAAGGAGAUCGGGUUUGAUGCCGUCAUUAACUAUCGUUCCGGUUCCGUGCGGGAACAAUUGCUUCAAGCAACACCCAAAGGCGUUGACUGUUACUUCGACAAUGUAGGUGGUGAGCUGACGGAAUUGGUACGCGAACGGAUGAAUCUUUACGGUCGCAUUUCCGUGUGUGGGACUGUAUCGAGUUACAAUGGGAAACCUAAGCAAGUGACGGAUCCGCAGCGAGACUUUGUCACCAAGCAACUGCGACAGGAAGGGUUCGUUGUGUUCCGCUGGUUGGACAGGUGGCAAGAGGGCAUCACGCAGAUGCUGCAGUGGAUCAAGGAGAAAAAGCUGACACACCUAGAGACGGUCUACGAGGGCUUUGAAAACGCACCGGAUGCUUUUAUAAAAAUGUUGCGUGGUGAUAACAUUGGAAAGUCGGUCCUGAAGUUGUAACAUUUAAAGGUGUUGAUUUGAAUAUGCCAUGCAUUGUGAUCUUUUUAUGGCAAACAUCGCAUACGUGCUUCCGGUUUUUA